AAUAAAUAAAUAAUUUGGUUUUAUAAUUUCAAGACCACUUUGUUUGUGAAUGGCACAUUUAAAAGGCUGAAUUCAGACAGCACCUAGAUUCUGCGAGGGAGUGUCGGAAAACCAGAGUGGGUGGUUAUGGGAAGUCAAGAAAACAGCGGUUUUGCGGAGCAUCAAGUCGAAGAAAGAAAUGGGGAGGACAACAGGGACAUGGGCAGAGAUAAAGCAAGGGAAAUGGAAGGAAAAGAGGAGAGAAUCGAAGGGAAAGAGAACAAAAGUGGGGAUUCGGAAGGGGAUACUUUGAACAAACCUAAUAAAAGAGGUACAAAAAAAGAAGUGACAGUUCCUUCGAAAAGAGGCAAAAAGGAGGAGAGAGGGGAAGAGGGAAAAUGUUUGGAUUUCGUGGAAGAAAGUGGGGAGAACGUGGAUGAAAGUGGGGUUCAACUCAAAGGAAAGAACACUUUGGUUUCAGUUGAGAAUCUAGAGGUAGCAAACGGGGAAGGUAUAGCUACCAUGAAAGAGGACGUUGAUAUGGAUUCUGCUGGUUCAAAGAGGAGAUUGAGAACAAUUGUUAAGAAAGUAAGUUAUGCCGAAGUUCAAGAAAAUGAAGAUGAUGAGUUUGUGCCAAAGAAGCGUGGACGGGGCAGGCCGAAGAAGGAAGUAGUAGUGAAAUCUGAAGGUCAAGAAGAUGGUUUUAUUAGUGAGAAUGGUGAUAAUACGGUGCAUGCAAAGAAACGAGGAAGGGGUAGGCCAAGGAAACAAGUUACUGAAAGUGUAGCCAUUGAAGGGACAGAUACAGAUAAGAGUCGAAGAAGGGCGAAAAAUGGGUCUUUGGGAAUGAAUGAGUCAGAAAAUUUGGUUAAGCCCUUAAGGGUUCCCGGGGAAGAAGAAGAACCUGUGCCUGGUUCAAAGAGAAAGAGGGAUGUUAAGUGGAUUACCAUUGCCAAAGAAGAUAGAUUAACGUGCCAUCAGUGCAAGAGGAAUGAUAAAGGCAGGGUUGUGAGAUGCAAACUUUGCAAUUGUAAACGAUAUUGCAUCCCCUGCAUAAAAAAUUGGUAUCCCAAGAUGUCUGAGGAUGAAAUUGCUGAUGCCUGCCCUGUUUGCCGAGAGAAUUGCAAUUGCAAAGCAUGCUUACGGACGACUGGCCUACUCAAAAAAUUGGAAGAGACACUUAAUCCGAAGUUCAGUGGUGGUGAAGAAGUUCAGCAUACCAGAUACGUGCUUCAGACACUUCUUCCAUACAUUAAACAAUUUAGUGAAGAACAAAUAAAAGAGAAGGUCAUUGAGGCAAAAAUUAAUGGGGUGGCCGCAGAACAGAUAAAGCUUAAGCAGGCAAUAUGUACUGAGAAUGAGCGUGUAUAUUGUAACUACUGCAGAACAUCAAUUGCUGACUUUCAUAGAAGCUGUCCUGAUUGUAACUAUGAUCUGUGCCUUACAUGUUGCCGUGAAAUCCGUGAUGGGGAUUUGCGGGGUGGACAAAGGGAAGUAAUUAUGGAAUAUCCUGACAUGAGUUUUGAAUACUUGCAUGGAGAACUUCAGUGCUCUAUGCCAUCAAAAGUGGGGAAUGCUCUAAAGCCCUCUAAGGAAGAGGAUUCCCCUGAGGAAACUAACUCUAAAGAACAUAAUGCUGCUACUUCUGAGUGGAAGGUGAAUGAAAAUGGCACCAUUCGCUGCCCCCCGAAGGACUUAGGUGGAUGUGGUAAUGGCCUUUUGGAGUUAAGGUGCAUGUUUGGAGAACAUGCUGUUAUUGAGUUAACUAGAAAGGCCGAGGAAAUAACCAAAGCUCUGAAUCUUGUCCAUGUUCUUGAAGUUUCUAACAAACAGUGCCCUUGUUACAAUUCAAUGGGAGAAGCUGACAUUGACAACAAUAAGCUAAGGAAAGCAGCUUCUCGAGAAGAUGCCACUGACAACUAUUUAUAUUGUCCAAAAGCUAAAGAUAUUGAGAGCGGAGAUUUGAAACAUUUCCAAAAGCACUGGGCUAAUGGUGAGCCUGUUAUUGUCAGCAAUGUCCUUGAGAAUGCAUCUGGUUUGAGCUGGGAGCCAAUGGUUAUGUGGCGUGCUUUUCGUCAAGUAACAAAUAAAAAAAGUGAUCACCAAUUGGAAGUUAAGGCACUUCAUUGCUUAGAUUGGUCUGAGGUAGUGGUCAAUAUUCACCAAUUCUUUAAAGGAUACACAGAUGGUCGUUUUGAUUCAAAAUCAUGGCCUCAGAUACUGAAGCUGAAAGAUUGGCCUCCGUCUAACGAAUUUAAGAAUCUCCUUCCACGUCAUCAUGCCGAGUUUCUUUGUUGUUUGCCAUUUAAAGAAUAUACCCAUCCUCAAAGUGGGCUUCUUAAUAUUGCUACCAAAUUGCCAAAGAAAUCUCUAAAGCCAGAUAUGGGGCCUAAGUCAUAUAUUGCAUAUGGAGUUGCACAAGAGCUUGGGCGUGGAGACUCAGUAACCAGGCUUCAUUGUGAUAUGUCAGAUGCGGUGAAUGUUUUAACACACAUUGCUGAGGUGAAUCUUACUCGUAAACAGCUUGAUGCAAUCAACAAGUUAAAACGAAAGCACAAUCUGCAAGACCAGCAGGAACUUUUUGGAAGAAUUUCGAAGGUUGACAGGAAUAAGCCUGAUGAUGGGUGGUUCGAUGUAUCUCCCUACGACAGGCAGUCUAAUGAUAGAGCUGGUGAUCAGGAAUGCAAAGUUAUUGUUGAACAAGAAGGUCAAGAUGGUUAUUCGAGCCUGAGUGGCAAUAAUUCAGUGAGGGAAUUUGAAAUGCAAGAGAGUAGGAAGGAAAAAAUGGAUGAAGAAGAAUGCGGAGAGAAUCGCAGGUCAUCUGAAACUUCUGGGAAUGAAAUUGAAGAGGUGGAAGCUCACGAGGGAGGAGCUGUUUGGGACAUUUUCCGGAGGCAAGAUGUUCCAAAGCUGCAAGAUUACCUUAAAAAGCACUUUAGGGAGUUUAGAUAUGUUCAUUGUUGCCCAGUAUCACAGGUUUUUCAUCCUCUACAUGAUCAGUCCUUUUAUCUGACCAUGGAUCAUAAGGCAAAGCUUAAGCAGGAAUAUGGAAUUGAACCAUGGACUUUUGUUCAGAAACUUGGGGAAGCUGUUUUAAUACCUGCUGGUUGUCCUCAUCAAGUCCGGAACAUUAAGUCAUGCAUAAAGGUUGCUCUCGAUUUUGUUUCGCCUGAAAAUGUCGGUGAGUGCGUUCGCUUGACUGAGGAAUUUCGUCUGCUUCCCCGUGAUCAUAGGGAAAAAGAGGAUAAACUAGAGGUGAAGAAAAUGACUGUACAUGCAGUCCAGCAAGCUGUGAAAUACUUGGAUCCAAAUGCAGAGGUUGAACUUGCUUAUAAAGUUAAUUGAGUUGCAUCCUUUCUGAACGAUUACAAUUGCGAAGUGGGCAGCGGCUUCUGUUUUUUCCAACAUCACUGACUGAUUGGAUUUAUUGACAGUGUCAAGAAGAUGUAACAACAUAUACAUAUGUCUGUCUGUAUGUAUGUAUGUAUAAACUCCUAAUUCCUUCUUGGCUCCUGCUAAAUGAUACAGGCUAGCACAAUACUCUGUAUUUCUUUGAACUAUUCUGGUGUUUUCUUGGGGAUUAGAAUCACCUGAUUGGAAUUUUAAUUGAUUUAGCCUUGGGUUAUUGGUUC